AUGGGGUACCUGGGGGCAGCCAGCAGGGGGCGCUGCGCCACGGGGCCGGGCCUCGGCGGCAGUGGUGGCGAGGCGGAGCGUGGCCGGCAGGCGGCGCUGCCCGGGGCGGCGGUCCCCGGCGGCGCGGGGCCCUGCGCGGCCGUGUCCGUGUUCCCCGGCGCCCGCCUCCUCACCAUCGGCGACGCGAACGGCGAGAUCCAGCGGCACGCGGAGCAGCAGGCGCUGCGCCUCGAGGUGCGCGCCGGCCCGGACGCGGCGGGCAUCGCCCUCUACAGCCACGAAGAUGUGUGUGUGUUUAAGUGCUCGGUGUCCCGGGAGACGGAGUGCAGCCGCGUGGGCAAGCAGUCCUUCAUCAUCACCCUGGGCUGCAACAGCGUCCUCAUCCAGUUCGCCACACCAAACGAUUUCUGUUCCUUCUAUAACAUCUUGAAAACCUGUCGGGGCCACACCCUGGAGCGGUCGGUGUUCAGCGAGCGCACAGAGGAGUCCUCUGCCGUGCAGUAUUUCCAGAUGAGAAAACUGAGGCUCAGAGAGGUUAAGUGA